ACUUGGCCCAGCACAGUCGCAAAACGUGACGAAAGUCUUCGCCCCAGUCGCAAUGACAACAAACCAAACCGACGACGGGACCAUGAAGAAGGAGGUUCCAGCCAUGGUAGCGGCCUUGACGCUCGAUCAAGUCAUUGGCCACGGAGCGUUCUCAACGGUGCACAAGGGCAUGUACAACUCGACCAUGCCCGUCGCAAUCAAGCGCCAGAAAGUGACGCAGGCUUCGACGUACAUCAACCGAGAGCUUGCCCUCCUCCAAGAGACCAACCAUCCCCGCCUUGUUCAGCACAUUGGGUCGUGCACAUGUAACAACUUGACUCCGCCCGAAGUGUGGAUCGUGUCCGAGUACAUGGCCGGCGGCGACGUCGCCCAAAUACUUGCGUUAAACCAGGAGACUCACGUGACGUGGGUCCAAUGCAUCCAAAUCGCACUAGAUGCAGCCCAGGCGCUGGCAUAUCUGCACGACCAAGGGAUAAUCCACCGUGACAUCAAGUCGGCCAACUUGCUCCUAGACGACAAGAUGCGAUGCAAGUUGGGCGACUUUGGAAUGGCCCGACGAACUGAGACUGGCAGCCACCAGCCCAAGCGGCGCAUGUCGCUGUGUGGCACAGAUGCCUACAUGGCCCCGGAAAUGUACAUAAGCGAAGAAUACGACGAGCGCGCGGACGUGUUUAGCUUGGGCGUCGUGCUCAUGGAGCUAGGUUGUCGUCAGCAGGCAAGCCACACGACUGGGUUCAUGCAACGAUGGCCUCAGACACAGUUCCGUGUCAACUUGGAUGCGUUCCGGGCUCAAAAGUUGUCGACAUGCCCACCGUCCCUUGCAUUGCUGGCGGAAUCGUGUGUGGCUUUUGAACCGGACGAGCGCCCCGUGGCCCGAGAGGUACAAAAGUCGUCGCGUUGCAUGCUUGUAUGCUCAUGGAGCCAGGUGGUCGAGUGGUUGGAAGAUCUGGCCGCGACGUACGUUCCACUAGCGGAAAGCUCGGCGACGAAGGUCGCACAUCGAAUUCCAACCACGAAACCCACGCAGCCUCCGACCAUCCAAGGGACGCUCGAGCGAAAAUCCCGCCGAGGAUUCAUUCGAUGGUGGGCACCUACGAACGUUAUCGUGGUCGACACGACACUGUCCGCGUUUCGAUCGACAAAGGCGCUAGACGCGACCAAACACGGCCAUGCAGAUUUCACGCUAGACCUUCGCGCUUGCACAUUGCACCAUGUACAUCGCUAUGCUGUGUCGCAUUCGAAACCUUUUGUUGCAUGUGUAUGUGCUGAUGUAGCCGUCGCAGCGGCGAUUCGUCCUCGUGGACGCCGCCGCCGCCGCCAAGCACGAGUUUCAAGCAUCGUCCGCUGAAGAGUGCCGCAAAUGGGUGGCAGCACUCUGCACUAUCAUGGCGGCCCCGGCGACAGCGGCCACUGCACCGGCUGACAACGACGUGUCAACUUGGUUAGCCCGACUGGAAUUGCCACAGUACGCAGCGUCGUUCCAAGCAAAAGGGUUCCACAGUCUGGCGUAUUUGCGGGAGACAGGCCUGGUGGACGAGGAUUUCUUCAUGCUCGGGAUCGAUGACGCCCAACAUCAAAUGAUCUUGGCUCGUGCCGCGUCCAACUUGCAAAACGCCGACUAGAUAUCACACACGUACAAAUGCAUCUUUACUUGGACGAACCAAUCUGUUCUUUGACUGCUCGAAACGCUUUGGUCACGGCCAUGAAUGCAGACACUUUGUCGGGCGUGUCGAGCUUGGACUUGUCAGGAUGAAGCUGGAGCACCAUCGAUCGGUACUGCUUCUUGACAACGUUAAAAUUCGCUUUCGGGGGCACGCCGAGUACGCCAAAAUAGUUGGAGUCGCGCCACAUGCCGAGGAUCCGCGCCGUAGACACUAAAUUCGACCCUGUCACGCACGUCGUGUAGUCUGGGAGAGGCGCGACCUGUCCGUGGACAGACUUGUACAGCCGAGCACGCUGUCGAGCAGCCGCAAACAUACUCUCUUGUUCAGUCCGCAGGUUUUGCUGCGUGCGGUAUUCGCCAUCCCAGCACGUGCAGUGGCCUUUGCACAUGGAGCACCGCACACAUGUCCACAGAUGUGCGUGAUCGCAUUUUGGACACCCCAUCGCUUGUUCUACCGACGCGACCAGAUUGAACAUGACACGUUCGCAUGACGACAUGAUGGCGGCAUGCGAAAUCGUCCGGCGCUUCAGCGGCAUGACCGAUAAUUUGCGGACAGGCAGCGGCACCACGUGGGAACUCGGUUUGGACGAAGCGGCCUGCGGACUUGGAGUCACAGACUCGACGACAACGGGGCCCUUGAAUGGGGACGCUUGUGCAGCUGGUGGGGGCGGCGAACGUGGUGCAGUCGAGGGAAUUGCACAAGCAACUGGGUUUGCAGGGGCUUCAGUCGGUUGCGGCAGCCACCGCGUAAAUCGGGCCAGGUCCAAUCCGGGCGGGACGAACCACGCUUUGGCUUCUGGAUCCCAUUCUGCGCCAAGUCCUUUAACGAGAAAUUUUUGGGGAUACGGACACUCCAAGUACUUGCGGUCAGCCGACACUUGGGGGGCGCGAGGCGUCCACCGCAUGAACGGCUUCAAGUCUCGGCCGGCCGGAACAGCCCACAGCUUCUUUUCCGCGUCCCACAACGCUCCCAGCGAUCGAGCUUGGUCACGUUCGACAUAAGGACAGUCGAAGUACAUGCUUUCGGUCGAGAGUUGAGGGGGAGAUGCGGUUGGACUGCUUGGUUCUGGCAGGGAUUCCACCGCUCGAAGUUGCGGUGACCAUCGAGAAAACGGCGUGGUGUCCAUGCCAGGCGGGACAUACCAUCCCUUCGCGUCCAUAUCAAACAGAGCCCCCAUCUGCCGCACGACUCGACGGUCUGAAAUCGAGCAAUGCAGAUACACGCGUUGGUCCGAGACCACUGGGUGGGUGGUGGGGCGACUGGCAGCAGUCGGCGACGACGGUUCGGCUAGGUUGUUUGUGAUGUCGGACAGGGGUGUCAUGGCAGAAGAGGCUCCCGUGUCCGCAGGCGUGGCAAUUGAGUCCGAGAUGUCGUCGAUGGGUGUCGGAUCAUCGUCCUCCGUCAAGUCCACAAAGUUGUUCGCUGGCGGGGCGACAUGCGACGGUGGCUGAAAACUAUCCACAGCCUCGUCGUAGUCUUGGACAACCUUGUUGGGGUUGCCUUCGUUGUUGCUGUCGUUCGAAGUAAUCGCAGCGCUGCGUAGGUGUGACGAGUGACCAAGUUGUUCGAUCGCACGACCAAUCCAUUUGGACGCCUCGUGGUGGUGCUGCAAUUGCGUCGCAAGCUCUUUCAGUCGCAGCUGAAUCGUGUCCAAGCUCGGUGGCGGCUCGUGCACGGAGUGUGCUGCCGUCGAGUCGCGGGUGCUACGUUCGAUCUUGUUCACCAUUGUGAACGCAGGACUCCUGAGGUCGGCAAGCACGGUCGUUGUAACCCAGACAUGCCACGACAACGAUCGCUCGUGCUUGGCCA